AAUUCAGGUUCCAUCAAUUGAUAACCUCCCGCCUUGCAGCCGCCAUGAAAUGGCACAAAAUUCUUCAUCUGUAUAAAUUCCGCACCCAUAAAUUUCUUCCAUUUCACCUUCAUCACCACCAUUUUUCAUCACCCGCUCACCCACCGCCGGUGCCACCGCCACUUCCUCCGAUAACACCUGAUAUUCUCGUUUCUCUAGUCAAAUCUUCUCAGUGGCAUUUAAUCAAACACCUUUCCACAAACUUGACCCCUUCUCUGGUAACCUCCACCCUCCUCCAUCUCCGUGGUUUCCCUCUACCCACCGUCGAUUUCGUAGCAAAUAUCGACCCUGAUUCUCUCACCGACGAGUGCUACUUCCUUGCCGUUGCUAUUGCGGCUCGCUGCCCUUCCCCGAAACACGCAUUGCACCUCUUAAAGGAGUUUAUCCGCUCUCGCCCCUUGUCAUCUCGGGAGGUUUUUGAUGGAUUAGUGGGGGCCCGUGAGAGGCUGAGCAUUUCCAGCACGAUUGUGUUGGAUUUGUUGAUAAGGGCGUAUUGUGAGUUGAGAAGGGGUGAUGGGGUUAUGGAGUGCUUUGGGUUGAUGAAAGGGAUUAGGGUUUGGCCGAGUGUCGAGACGUGGAAUUGUAUGUUUAGUGUGUUGAUUAGGUUGAAUGGGGUAGGUGUUGUGUGGGGUUUGUUUGGAGAGAUGAUCAGGUUGGGGAUCCGUUCGAAUGUAUUUACGUUGAAUAUAUUGAUCAAUGGAUUGAGUAAGGAAGGGGAUUUGAAGAAGGCUGAGGAGGUGGUUGGGUACAUGGAGGGUUUAGGGAUUAGUCCGAAUAUAGUGACAUACAAUACACUGAUUUAUGGGCAUGCUCUGAAGGGAGAUAUUGAUGGUGUUGAUAGGGUUCUUUUGAGAAUGAAGGCGAAAGGUAUCGAUCCGGACUCGUAUACUUGUGGUUCCUUAAUAAACUGGAUGUGCAAGUAUGGGGAUAUUGGUAAGGCGGCUGCCUUUCUCAGGAAAAUGGAGGUAAAUGGGUGUGUUCCAAAUGCUGUUGUUUAUAAUAACCUGAUCAGUGGAUUUUGUGGUUGUGGGGAUGUGGAAAAAGCUCUUAGUUACAGAUACCAGAUGGAAAAGAGAGGAAUAGUUCCAACAGUGUCAACAUAUAACAUGUUGAUCCAGGUGUUGAUGGAGAAGGGUAGGGAUACAGAGGCUGACGGUUUGAUAAAAGAAAUGCAAGCCAAGAAUAUCUGCCCCAAUGAAAUCACAUAUAGUAUAUUGAUUAGUAGUUGUUGCAGGGCCGGGAAUGUGGGGAAAGCUCUCAAACUGCACGAUGAAAUGGUAAGUAAACAGAUUGAGCCUACUCGGGCGACUUACAGUUCACUCAUCCGUUUGUUGGUAGAUUGGAAAAGGGUGGAAGAGGCAGACAAUUUACUCGCAAAGGCAUUAGCAAAAGGCGUAUUGCCUGAUCUUGGCAUGUUCAAUACAUUAAUAGGUGGUCAUUGUGAAAAUGCAAACACUGAACGUGCUGUUUCACUUUUAAAGGAGAUGGAGAGAAUGAAGAUUGCCCCUGAUAAAGUGACUUACGACACUAUGAUGCAGAGUUACUGCAGGGUUGGUAAGGUUGAAGACGCUUAUAGCCUUCUCGAUGUGAUGAGUAGAAGAGGUAUAAAACCAGAUUGCAUCAGUUACAACAUUCUAAUUUGUGGAUAUAGCAAGAGGGGUGAUAUGAACGAUAUUAUGAGAAUUCGGGAUGAGAUGCUAAGUUUAGGUUUGGACCUUAACCUGCUCACUUUCAAUGCUGUUCUAGAAGGCCUUUGCGAACAUGGGGAAGGAGCAGGAAAUCAUGCUGAGGUAUUCCUUAAAGAAAUGGUUUAUAAAGGAAUCAAUCCUGAUGAUAGUACUUAUAUCUCUUUAAUUAAAGGGUGCACAAGGGCUUCUGAAGGAAAAACAUUCCUGAUCAAAGAUACUGCAAGGAUAUAAACUUUUUGCCAAGAAAAUGCCACCCAUGAGGGUUUUUUUUUAUCAAGGACGUGAUAUUUCCUAAUAUUCCUGAUUUGAGAAUCCUUUUAGCUUAGAGGUUGAAUUUGAACUCCUUGCCCCAGCAUCACUGUCCAUGGAUAUAUCUCCAGAAUUCACUGGAAAACGGUUGGUAUGCUGUAUUUUGUGAUGAUAUUCAACAUAAGGGCAAACACAUUUCCAGUCAUAGUGGUUGAGUACUUCAAACUAUGAACUUGCAUGACAGCAUUUGGGGAAGCUUUGUAUGCAACUGCUUCCCCGUCCAGCUUUCCUGCAGCGCUAAUUCUUUCGACAUCAGUCGUCUU